AUGAAAGCUUUUUCAGUUCCUGGACCAAAAGCAAUUGCAGAAAAGCUUGAUCAUGAUAACAUUAAAGUACUAAUUGAACAAUAUUUAGCUGGAGAAGAUAAACUAGACCUGUUGGUUUGGGAAAUGACUGAAUUUGAUUCAUCUGCACCGAUGGUGGCAACAGAGGAUAUGUUGGAUCGAGAACACAAGGAUGAUCAAGAACACAAGGCAUAUGGUCGCGAUAUAAAUAAAUGCAAAACUUUGUUAGUUGGCGAUCAGGGUACAAACAAAAUUAUUCGAAGUGUGAAGCAAAAAUCACAGUCAGCAUACGAGUGGGGAGCAGAGGUCCCAGGUGAUAUGCAUGCUAGAGGUGGGUAAACUAUAUAGGGUAACUGUUAGAAUAGUUACAGUAUUGAGAAGUCCCUUUUAUGGACGAAAUUCCUCAUUGAGUCUCCUCCUACAGCAUAGUAUCUUCUUGCUCAAACAUCAGAUGAUGUAAUCUCAGUGAAGCCUGUUUCCAUUGCCGAAUGGGUGAAUUAGUUCGCGGGACAUUUUAUUGCUAAUAUUAGCCGAGUUUAUAUUUUUUACCAGGUAACAAAAUUUCCUACUUUGUCCUAUAAUAUGUUGGCAAUGGACAAUUUCCAUUAUAAACUAAAUUUUAAUCUAAGUAAAAUAAAAACAUCACAGAUAAAAAGAACAUAAUGAAAAUGGUAAAAAUGCAAAGUUUGGUUGUGAAAUGUUGUAAAGCUUGGCAAAUAUAGCCUUGCGAAGUUUGCAAAUUUUGAAUAUGUUUGUAUUAUGUGACGAAAUUGCUGCCCAUUUUCUUCUCACUGGAGUAGCUGCUUAACAAUAAUCCUCACAUCAUUACAUGCAUUAGGCAAAACAAUUCUGGUACAUUGCGUUUGACAGGUUUCAGGAAUAGGUUCUUUGUGACUGUUCACUAAUAUAACAUCCUUUUACUACUAUUUUCUUCAGGCUAUUUGUAUGAGGUUUGCAAAAAGACAAUGGGUCAAUCAGGUUUUAUGUGUGUUGCUCAACAUGUCAUGAAUAGAGUCAAAGUUACUGAUGCUGCAUUUGGUGAUAAAAAGUUCCAGUACCAGAAUCUGAACCGUAUUGACGAGGCUGUAAGGGAUGUUUCUAUGGCAUAUGGGCUAGCUGCAGUUCAAGAAUUGCAAGUGAAAUGUUUCCUUUUAAAGAUGCUCUUGAUGCACAUGAACAGAAACAUGGAAGCCACCAUGAGCUUCUUCUAA